UUUGCAUUUCUUCCUUGCUUUGUCUUGAACACAGAACAAUGCCAAAGAAAGCGAAGCCUACCCAGAAUGGGAAGGAAGAGGGGCCUGUUCCCAGGAAACAGGUGAAGGUGGAGGCAGUUGGUGGGGCCUCCACCUUAGACUUUGAUAGCCCCAGUAGUCUCUUUGAAAGUUUAAUCUCUCCAAUCAAAACAGAGACUUUUUUCAAGGAAUUCUGGGAGAAGAAGCCCCUUCUCCUCCAGAGGGCUGACCCUGCACGAGCCGCAUAUUACCAGUCUCUCUUCAGGCUAACAGAUCUGAAGAGGCUGUGCAGCCAGGGAAUAUACUAUGGAAGAGAUGUGAACGUAUGCCGAUGUGUCAGUGGGAAGAAGAAGGUCUUAAAUAAAGAUGGCAAAGUGCACUUUCUGCAGCUGAGAAAAGAUUUCGAUCAGAAAAGGGCAACAAUUCAGUUUCACCAACCUCAGAGAUUUAAGGAUGAGCUUUGGAAGAUCCAGGAGAAGCUAGAGUGUUACUUUGGCUCCUUGGUUGGCUCAAAUGUAUACAUAACCCCGGCAGGAUCUCAGGGCCUACCUCCCCAUUAUGACGAUGUUGAGGUCUUCAUCCUGCAACUGGAAGGAGAGAAGCACUGGCGGCUCUACGCUCCCACAGUGGCCCUGGCACGCGAGUACAGUGUGAAAUCUGAGACCCGGCUUGGUGUGCCGAUGCUUGAGUUCACAUUGAAGCCGGGUGAUUUGUUGUACUUUCCCAGAGGGACCAUUCAUCAGGCAGACACUCCUGCGGGACUGGCGCACUCUACUCAUGUGACCAUCAGCACUUACCAAAACAAUUCAUGGGGAGAUUUCCUUCUGGACGCCAUUUCAGGGCUCGUGUUUGAUACUGCAAAGGAAGACGUGGAGUUACGGAGCGGAAUACCCCGGCAGCUGCUCAUGCAGGUAGAAACAUCAGCUGUUGCAACAAGAAGGUUAAGUGGCUUUCUGAGGACUCUUGCAGGACGGCUGGAGGGCACUAAAGAACUGCUUUCAUCGGAAAUGAAGAAGGAUUUCAUUACACAUAGACUUCCCCCUUACUAUGUAGGCGAGGGAACAGAGCUGUCAACACCAGGUGUAAAGUUGCCAACACUGGCUAGCACAGUGAGGCUGCAAUUUAAAGACCAUAUCAUCCUCACAAUGGGGCCAGAUGAGAACCAACCUGAUGAAGCUCAAGAAAAGAUGGUUUACAUCUAUCAUUCUCUGAAAAAUAGGCGAGAGAUACACAUGAUGGGAAGUGAGGAUAUAGAGCCUCAUGGACUUCGGUUUCCUUUAUCACAUAUGGAUGCUUUGAAGCAGAUUUGGAACAGUUCAGCUAUUUCUGUCAAGAACCUGAAGCUAACUACAGAUGAAGAGAAGGAGAGCUUGGUAUUAUCCCUCUGGACAGAGUGUUUAAUCCAAGUAAUUUAAUGCCUUUCCACAGGCAACUAGUUGCUAUUUUCUAAGCACAUUUUCUUUUUAAGGGAAGAUGUAAGUUCUAGGUGGUUACUGUUGUAUUGAGUCCACUCACAAAGAUGUGGCUAUGCACAUAACCCAAAAAGAGAAUGUCACCAUCCCUUAUCUUACAGUAUGUCUGUUGUUGUGAGGUUAAUGAGCACAUGGAAGACAAAACGGUAAAGUACUAGAUGUCCCCAAAUGUGACCAAACCAUCCUUUUUGAAGUUUAUUUAAUUCAAUGUGGUAGAAAAGGUACAACUCGAAUAAAUGUAUCCCAUAAAAUUAAAUGUCAUUAACCUGG